AUGGCUACAGAAAUCUCUUCUGGUGAAAAGUCUUCGACUUCAACUCACGAUGAUAAAAUAGUACCCAUUAGCAACGAGGAGUCGUUACCGACAAGUAUACAACCGGCGUACACCGUUUUCUCCAAAGCCCAGCUGAGGCAGCUGCAACUACUUCUUGGUAUCGCAACAAUCACGUCUCCUCUGACGGCCACGAUAUAUUUCCCUCUAUUACCGCUUUUACGCGACCAGUUUCAUACCUCUGCGCAAGCCAUCAAUUUGACUUUGACGCUCUACAUCAUCUUUCAGGCAAUCUCGCCUGUUUUCUUUGGGCCGUUGUCGGAUUUGUAUGGCCGAAGGCCCUUCUUUCUAUUUACACUUGGGCUCUACGUUGUGGGAAAUAUUGGACUUGCAGCCAAUAAAGAUAAUUACACUGUUCUUCUAGUAUUACGAGCAAUACAGAGCUUGGGCGCAAGUGCUGCCUACGCCAUCAGCUUUGGCGUCGUUGCGGAUGUCUGCGAGUCGAAAGAGAGAGGACGCAUGCUGGGGCCUAUCAGUAUGGCUCUCAACCUUGGGGCAUGCGUUGGACCCGUAGUUGGCGGCGUCGUGGCCUAUACGAGCGGCAGCUACGUGUGGGUGUUUUGGUCUCUCGUCAUCAUAGGUUUGGUACUCUUCUGUGGCGUGGGACUUUUGCUCCCAGAAACAGCCAGAAGUUUAGUUGGCAAUGGAAGCGAUUCUUCACGGUACCGUUGGUGGCAGCUCAGCUGGCUGGGCCUUGUUAGACAUCGAUUAAAAACAUCACCGGCGAAUAGUCAGUUGGAAGCAACCGCUACAGCCAUCGAAGCACCAAAGACGGUCAUCCGGGCUUAUGGGCUUGGCAAUCUUUUUGCUUGUCUUCGCAUCAUCUUUUAUCGGGACACGUUUCUGGCUCUCUGGAUUCAUGGGUCUUUCUACACCGUGGACUAUUCGUUUGUUGCUGCCGUUCCCGAUAUAUUUCAAGAUAUUUAUGGCUUCAAUGACUUGGAACUUGGAUUUGCAUAUCUUCCAAGGGGAGUUGGAAUCAUUAUUGGGAGCUAUUGCACAGGGAAGAUGAUGGAUGCGAACUACCGUGCAAUUACGCGAGCCACGGGUCGAACUGAUGACCGUGUGACGGGUGACGAUCUGCUGAAUUUUCCCAUUGAGCUCGCCAGAACGCGCUUUAGCUUUCAUCUCUUGGCCAUCUCGACAGCGACAAUAAUUGGAUAUGGUUGGGCCGUCGACCGUGGUGCUCCAGUUGCUGUGCCGCUGAUUCUCCAAUUCAUUCAGGGCUUCUGGGGAACCGCGUUUUACACCAUGUAUGCAGCUCUUCUUGUCGACGGAUUCCCAGAGAGCCCCAGCACUGCGGCUGCAUCUACAAGCCUCAUUCGAUGCGCCAUGGCCGCGGCUGGAGUGGCAGUACUUCAGCCGUUGCUCACAGCAGCUGGUCGAGGAUGGUAUUUCACUACUUUGGGGCUGUGGAGCGGUGGAUUUGGAGUCUUGGCUGUGAUGUUGCUGCGGUGGAGGGGGAUGAAGUGGCGUCGGUCGAGAAGUGGAAUUAGUUCUGACAAUCAGUGAGUAAAAGAUGGGAUACAGGUUGGACACUCGUGUACAGAAAGCAAUGUUCAUCGCUUUGC